GAUAGAUGGCAUUCGAGUCGUGCGCCGUUAACGUGUGGACGUCUCGCUCGCCCCGUCAUUCUCAUUUCAUCGGCCGCUUUUUUUUUUAGUUCGACUUUUAUUAUUACGGCGGCACGGUGCUAACAAUAAAAUUCGUUUAAUUUUAAAAAAUUACAUUCGAAAAUUUUUAUUUUUCGAUCAUUGAAUGACGUAGAAGGUGCAGUGAUAACGGGGAAAUGUGAAUAGUGUUUGUGUUUACGUUGUGAUGUGCGUGCUAGACUGUCGUGUUGUGUAGUGUUAAGUGUAGGCUUUAUAAUGGGGUACGCGUCGAACGGUGCGGGGCGGGCGGCGCACGAGGCCCUGCUGGCGCGCCAGGACGCUGAGCUGAGGCUCAUGGAGACCAUGAAGAGAAGCCUCCAGGCUAAGAUGAAAAGCGACAGAGAAUAUGCUCUGGCGCUAUCCGCUGCGGCUGCGCAAGGACAAAAGAUGGACAAAUGCGAAGAACUGAACGGUUCAGUGAUUGCUUCUGCCUGGCGCACCAUGACCGAGGAAUGGGAGAACACUAGCCGUCUGAUCAAGGCCAAUGCUGAAGCUCUCGAUUCCAGGGCGUUGGACCGUCUCAAUUCAUUGAUGACGGAGAGACGGAAGGCCCGCAAGGUCUAUCAUGAGGAUCAUUCAAAAAUAUCAUCUCAGUUUACACAACUCUCAGAGGAAGUACAAAGAAAACAAAGUGAAUAUCAAAAAUGUUUAGAGUCAUACAAACAAAUGAGGGCUAAAUUCGAAGAGAAUUAUCUCAAGUGUCCGACGAGCCGAGGGGGUCGUAAAUUGGACGAAACGCGUGACAAAUACGGAAAGGCGUGUCGCAGGUUGCAUAGAGCACACAACGAGUAUGUAUUACUGUUGGCCGAGGCCACGGAAUGCGAGCGAGCUCUGAGAACGGCGUCGCUACCAGCUCUGUUGGACCAACAGAGACGACAGGGAGAGGCCACGGCAUCUUCAUGGAAAGGGAUUUUGCUGGAGGUAGUUCAAAGAGCUGACUUCACUUCAGAAAAAUUCAGAGAGAUCCAGAACAAGGUGGAGUCAGUUGUCCAGAAUCUGAGGCCACAGGAGGAAUACAAGGAGUUCAUAGAAAAGUACAAAUCGCCACCACAGAUGCCGAUAACAUUCAAUUUCGAUGAAAGUCUGGUCGAGGAUACCAGCGGUAAGCUGCAACCCAACCAGCUGACUGUCGACAACCUCACAGUGGAAUGGCUUAAAGAAAAGCUCACAGAACUUGAGAAUAUACUACAGGAGAACAGAGACAAGCAGACCACACUACAAGGACCUGAGAUUAUUGGCAAUGGAGUCUGUAAAAAUAAUAAUACAGGGAUCAACGGAGUCAAUGGCGUGGAUAGAUAUUCGCCUCCGCCGACGGAGCCUAUGAAGCUUCUAGAACUGCGUGUUUCUGAACGGAAGUGCGCGAAGCAGGCCGAGAUGAUACGAGCGGCGUUGGCCGAGCUCGGCUGCGAGGAGGCCCCCAGCGGCUGUCCCGACCUGUCCGCGGAUACAGUCGGCGUCGACUGUCUCGAGCCUGAUGUACCGGACCGUUCGUCCCUCGGCUCGAAAGCGUCGAUGGAUACGUUAAAGUUGCAUCUCCACUCUAUAGUACCACCAAAGCCAUUCUUUCGUCUAUUCACGCGUCCCUUCAGACGCAAGUCCGCCCCCUCCAGCCCCGCGCUACCGCCAAAGACGUUCCGCAGUAGCAGCGAGGGCCCUUCAGACUCGGUGAGUGUGAGCGAGACGGAACGAUCCCUGGUGGACCAGGAGUGGUUCCACGGAGUACUGCCUAGGGAGGAAGUGGUCCGUCUGCUGAGAGCGGACGGAGAUUACUUAGUACGAGAAACCACGAGGAACCACGCGCGGCAACUAGUGUUGUCCGUCUGCUGGGGACAACACAAACACUUCAUAGUACAGACGACGCCAGAGGGUCACUAUCGUUUCGAGGGUGCUUCGUUUCCUUCAGUGGCUGAGCUGGUUGCCUGGCAGCGGGCGUCCGGUGUUCCCGUCACAGCUCGCUCUGGAGCCCUACUAAGACGCGCCGUGCCUAGAGAGACCUGGGAGCUCAACAACGAUCACGUGCAACUGCUAGAUAAGAUCGGACGGGGUAACUUUGGCGACGUGUACAAAGCUCGCCUCAAGACGACGGGCCAGGAGGUCGCCGUGAAGACGUGUCGGGUAGCUCUGCCAGAAGAACAGAAGCGGACCUUCCUACAGGAGGGUAGAAUACUAAAACAAUACCAACAUCCCAAUAUAGUGAGACUCAUCGGUAUAGCCGUCCAGAAACAACCCAUCAUGAUUGUCAUGGAACUCGUGUCAGGCGGAUCACUCUUGACGUUCCUUCGUACUCGGGCGUCCAACCUGAGCUUCAGGUCGCUCCUGGCCAUGUGUAGGGACGCGGCCGCUGGUAUGAGAUAUCUGGAGUCCAAAAACUGCAUUCACAGAGACUUGGCUGCGAGGAACUGCUUGGUGGGAGACGAUAAUAUAGUCAAGAUAUCAGACUUCGGCAUGUCCAGAGAGGAAGAAGAGUACAUCGUGUCCGGAGGCAUGAAACAAAUACCUAUCAAGUGGACUGCACCAGAGGCACUUAAUUUUGGUAAAUACACGUCUCUCUGUGACGUGUGGAGCUACGGCGUCCUCAUGUGGGAGAUCUUCUCGAAGGGCGACACGCCCUACGCUGGUAUGAGCAAUUCACGGGCGAGAGAGAAAAUUGAUAAUGGUUACCGCAUGCCGGCACCAGAGGGUUGUUCCGAGGAUGUCUACGCCCUGAUGCUGCGCUGUUGGGAAUACGAACCGGAGAAAAGACCGCAUUUCCAUCAGAUAUACACGCUCAUAGACAACAUUUACAACAGAUGAGGGGAACAAAAACGAUUCACACCAUUUGUUCAAAUAUAAUGAAGCGGACGGCUCUCAUUGGUCGAUAUUUUUUCAAUAAUUUUCUUAUUGGUCGAAAAUACUUUGCAUUUCAUUUGAAUGCAAUAAAAUCUUUAAUCAAAUAUAUAUAACGUCUGUGGUAUGUUUUGUUUUUUUAUAAUUUACUAAUAGGGAUGCAAGAUCUAUACUAUUCAAAUAUUUUAAUUCAACCUUAUCUUGAUAGCAGUACUAAAUAAUCGAUUUUUAGUUUGAAUAGAACUAAAAAUAUCGAUGUUCUUUAAGAGAAUAUAUUAUAUAAAUAAAGUUUAAGCUUAUAGGCUAUUUGUCACUUAAUGAUCGACUGUGUAUAUUGUGUAUGUAUGGUUUGUCUUCCAUUUAAUGUUGCAUGUAUUGUUAAGCUAUGAUUUAUAAUAAUUUUAAUCGAUUCUCUUUAAUUUUUUUUUCUUGUAUAUUAUCUUUAAAUUAAAAUUAUAGUAUCGAUAGAGCUAUAGAAGUAUGGUUUUGUAUUUUUGUAUCCGAUCUUAAAAAUGUCAAUCGUGAAAUUUUUAUGUAGAAAAAUCAAUGGAAAUUUUCAUUUAUAAAUUUGUAUUCGCGUAAUCUGUAAACGAAGUGUUGAUCUCUCGAAUAAAACUUUUCUAGGAUGUGAAAUGGCCUUAGUGAUAUAGAUAUAGCCAAGCAUUGGCGUAAUAAAUCAUUUUUGUGUCUGGGAGCUAUUUCAGUAUUUUUAUUAUUUUAGUUGGAGUAAAAUAUCAACGAAUUUUUUUUUAUUAUUAAUGUAUUAGACACAUUGGACUUUCUGAUGACUUCAUAAUAUAGUAUUCUUAGGAGUAUUUCUGUUUUGUAUUAUAUAAUUUUAAUAAAUAAAAAAAAUGCACAUGAAACGGUGAUAUACACGUUUCAAGUUAUUAUUAUGUUAAUGAUCGUAAGUACAGAUUAUAACUGUCAAGUUUUUUUAUAUGUAAAACAUUUUUAAAGUGAUAUACUCUGUGCUUCCAUUUAUUUCGUAUUUCGUCUUGCCUAGUUCGUAAUUAUCAAUACUUAAUGAAGUAAUUGUUGCCGAAAGUGAUAUGAUAUUCAGUUUCUCUUUUACAUUAUUGUAAAUAUUACUCACAUGUUAUAUCAUUAAAAGUGCCACAUAAAAAUUACUUUUCA